AGUUAAAAAAACUAAACAAAAUUAAGGUUGUGAGAACAUUAGAUGUCGCACUCCAGCAGCCAGCAAGCCUUCAAGAUGAAAGCCAAUCUCUAACCCAAAGGCUGUCCUUUUCUCCAAAUCAAGAAAUACAGUUUGUUCCCCCAAUGAUAAGUGUUCUACGAGGCAUUGAGCCAGAAGUUGUCUAUGCUGGUUAUGACAAUACAAAACCUGAAACACCAAGUUCCUUGCUGACCAGUCUAAAUCAUCUUUGUGAGAGGCAACUUCUUUGUGUAGUCAAGUGGUCAAAAUUGUUACCAGGAUUUCGGAAUUUACAUAUUGAUGAUCAGAUAACCCUUAUCCAGUAUUCCUGGAUGAGUCUAAUGGUUUUUGCAAUGGGAUGGAGAUCAUACAAACAUGUCAGUGGUCAGAUGUUAUAUUUUGCACCAGAUCUGAUUCUAAAUGAACAGAGGAUGAAAGAAUCAUCGUUCUAUUCCCUGUGUCUAUCCAUGUGGCAACUCCCACAGGAAUUUGUCAGACUUCAAGUUAGCCAAGAAGAGUUCCUAUGCAUGAAAGCACUGUUACUUCUCAACACAAUACCCUUGGAAGGUCUAAGAAGUCAAAGCCAAUUUGAUGAGAUGAGAACGAGUUACAUUAGAGAACUAGUGAAGGCAAUUGGAUUGCGCCAGAAAGGCGUUGUGGCCAACUCGCAACGUUUCUAUCAACUUACGAAACUGAUGGAUUCCAUGCAUGAUCUAGUGAAACAGCUUCAUCUCUUCUGUCUGAACACAUUUCUCCAGUCCCGUGCGCUGAGUGUUGAAUUCCCCGAGAUGAUGUCAGAGGUGAUUGCUGCCCAGCUACCCAAGAUUCUGGCAGGGAUGGUGAAACCUCUUCUCUUUCACAAAAAGUGA